UCCCAUUGUUGUCUGAUGUCUGUUCGUUGUGUUAGUGAACGAAGUGUUGGAUGGUUGUUUAAGCUAUAUGAACAUUAAAGUUGAUUCAAUGGGUUAUUUCGAAUCUAUCCUCCUUUAAUGAAUACUAGGAAUUUGAUUGACAUUAAUUAUUAAGAACUAGAAAAUUUUUUUGUGAUGAAAAAUUUCUCUUAUUCCGUCAAGUAACUUAGUUUGUAGUAGCAUUGACUAAAUUAGGCAGGUCCUUAAAUGUAAACUUAACCUAUUCACUUAGCUUCCUAAUCUUAUGAUGUUAAGGGAAUUGAAACUGAUCCAUUUUUAAUAAGUUGACAAAAGCAGUGUUGGGGAAAAAUCAAUUACCAAGAUUGCAUUUAGGAAGUUGAAAUUGGACACAUCCUCCAGUUACCAGAAAAGAGGACUAACUUACAGUUACAGUUUUUAUUCUUGGCUAACUUAGAGAUGACACGACGGGUCCAAGGAAGUGCUUGUUGAACGCUGUUGUAGCUGGAAGAGUUGGGCAACUCCAGGAGUGUUGGCUAAAUUAAUUGUUCAACGGAAAUCGUUCAAUUAGGCCUACCUGUUUGGUGGAGUGAUCAACAGCCAUGGCAGAAGCUCACUCAGCCGUAGCCUUCUCCUUCUCCAUAACUCACGAGGGCUGGGACGUCAAUGUAGACAGGGAGGUGCUCCAUCUGGUGUGGGACUCUGGUGUCAGGUCGUGGAAGAAGCGGCUCGCUAGGUUCAAGAACAACAUAAAGAAUGGCAUUUUCCCGGCACCCCUACAGAGUCUAUGGGCCACCAUGGUGCUGGUGGCAGGGCUGCACUUUGCUGGCGUCAAACUACCCAUGUACAACUACAUACUGUCAUUAUUGCCUGAAGAUAACCUAAAUUACCAGGUGGCGGCGUGUAUGAUUCUGUCGCUGGUCGUUUGGUUGGGAAUCAUUUACACAAUAAGAUAUCUCCUCAAGUUUCUGCUAAUGUACAAAGGAUGGAUGUAUGAAGAGAGAGGCAAGGACCGGACCAUCUCACUCAAGACCAAGAUGUGGCUGAUGGGGGUCAAGCUAUUGUCUGGGGCGAGCAAGCCUAUGUUAUACAGCUAUCAGGGAUCUCUGCCUCGGCUUCCUCUACCCUCUGUAAAGGACACAAUGCAUCGGUAUCUGCGGAGCGUCCGACCGUUGCUGGACGAUGCUCAGUACUCCAGGAUGGAGAAACUGGCAAACGAGUUUGAGAAUGGGAUUGCUGUGAAACUACAACGAUAUCUCAUGCUGAAAUCAUGGUGGUCCAGCAACUAUGUGUCGGAUUGGUGGGAGGAAUACGUGUACCUGAGAGGGAGGUCACCACUGAUGGUCAACUCAAACUUCUACGGCAUUGACGCCAUCUUGAUGCACCCCACCACCAACCAGGCGGCACGAGCAGCAACCAUCAUUCACACGGCUUUACAGUACCGACGGCUGAUCGAACGACAGGAGCUUGAGCCUAUCCUGAUCCAAGGCCUGGUGCCGCUGUGUUCGUGGCAGUACGAGAGAGUGUUCAACACAACGAGAGUUCCCGGGGUCGAGACGGACAAGAUUGUGCAUUACAACGACUCCAAACACAUUGUGGUCUACCACAAGGGCAGAUACUUCAAGGUGCCCAUCUACUUCAAAAAGAGGAUCCUUCUGCCCAGUGAGAUUGAAAUUCAGAUGAAUUACAUUCUGCAAGACACGAGUGCCCCAGCAGUCGGUGAGGAGAGGUUGGCAGCCCUGACUGCAGGAGAGCGCACUGCCUGGGCCAACGCAAGGUCCGAGUUCUUCUUCAAGGGCACCAACCGUGCAAGCUUAGACGCAAUUGAGAAAUCUGCUUUCGUUGUUGCUCUGGAUGAUGUGCCUUACGAGUUUGACGAGACUGAACCUACAAAGUUGGACAACUACGGACGCAUCCUACUCCAUGGAAAGGGCUAUGACCGAUGGUUUGACAAGUCUUUCACUCUCUGUAUUGGGACCAACGGCAGAAUUGGCUUCAACGCAGAACAUUCCUGGGCGGAUGCAGCCGUAAUGUCUCACUUCUGGGAGUAUGUCGUGUCCGAUGAAACAGUCAACAUGGGAUACAGGGAGGACGGCAGAGCUCUCGGUAACCCAGAGUUCAACCCUCCGCCCACCCCUGUGAGACUGCAGUGGGACUUGCAACCCCCGGCAUUGGCUGCCAUAGACAGGUCUUACCAGGUGUCCAUGUCUUUGCUGAAUGAUGUUGAUCUGAGGAUCUACUUGCACUCUGCCUACGGCAAAGGCUUCAUGAAGGAGUCGAGAGUGAGCCCGGACGCCUACAUACAGAUGGCUCUACAGUUGGCCUACUUCAGGGAUGCUGGUAGAUUCAGCCUGACUUACGAGGCGUCCAUGACCAGACUGUACCGGGAGGGUCGCACAGAGACUGUACGACCUUGCACUAUAGAGUCUGCAGCUUGGGUGCGAGCUAUGCAAAACAAGUCAUCUUCAACAGAGGAGAGGAUCAAGCUGUUACAUGCAGCCUGUCAGCAACACCAGAGAGGCUACCAGGACGCCAUGUGUGGUAAAGGCAUCGACAGACAUCUCUUCUGUCUCUACGUAGUCUCCAAGUAUCUGGAAGUCGACUCUCCAUUUCUCAAGGAGGUGUUGAGUGAACCGUGGAGACUGUCUACGUCUCAGACGCCUCACGGACAGACGUCUAAGCUAGACCUGCGCAAGUACCCUCGCUGCAUCUCUGCUGGCGGAGGCUUUGGCCCUGUAGCAGACGACGGAUACGGAGUCUCCUACAUCAUCGCUGGGGAGGAUCUGCUGUUCUUCCACAUCUCCUGCAAACGUAGCUCCAACCAGACGAACGCAAGUAGAUUCGCCCAGCAAAUAGAGCGAGCAUUGGCCGACAUGAGGAAUUUGUUUACGGAUUGGAAGGAGCUACAAAAGAAGUCAAAGACCCAAUAACAAACACUGAACCGAACAAAAGCAUCGGCGGUGCACUAGUUUCUUCAGGGAGAAGGUUUUCAUCAACUAGUACAAACUUAGGCAAUCAUAUCUACUUAGAAGCUAGAACUUAUGACUGUUAGAUUCUACAUGAUGGUAAAGUGUUCUAAAGAAUCAUCACAAAUAAUAGUUCAUAUGUCGUUAGGUGAGUUUUAUGAUUUUCUUUUUGUAGAGAUGAACAUGUGCAGAGUUUUGGAUGUUAUGUUUUUGACCCUAUGCUCUAUAUCGUGGUUUGAGUCUUGUUAGUUGUAUAUCACUGAUUUUACUGAUAAAACUUGACUUUUUAAGUCAAUCUUUUUUAAACCUGAUGGUGGUAUUUUAGGAAAAAAAAAUUAACGCUGCGCUUAAAUUUUUGUUACAGGGUGUCCCAUUAGUAAACAGUCUAACAUUCUGAAAUUUUUCAUUUUACCAAGUUGAUUUUUUCUAACAUAGGUUAUUUGUACCUUAACAUACUCUUGUGUAGGCCUAAGUGUCUCCACGUAGUUUUCUAAAGAUCGGUUCAAAUAAUACAAAGAUAAAAAUGUUUAUGUGAAAAAUACAAAAUGACGGAUACCUGUUUAACGAAGCGAUUUUGUGAAAAAUAUUAUUCCUGAUUAACUGUUUAUUUUACCUGUCAAACUAUUUCCCGGAGUUUAGCUGUUUACUUAUAGGACACCCUGUAUAAUAAUUGAAAACUCAUCUAAAUCUCCCAGUAACAUCUAGAUCUUAAAAUAAGCAAACAAAAAUAUUUUUGUUUGCCCAACCUGAUCUAGGGAACCAAUCAAAAUAUAGUUUUAGUCAAUAAUAAAUUUAACUAUUAAUUUUAAACAUUCAAUCAUGUAUCUGGCCGCCUAUGUAUACUUUCUAUCUAGUAUUUUGUAUUAAUGGAAAGUUUUAAUUAUCAGUAGCAAAUUUAACACGUAAUUAAAUCUAGUAUAUAUAUUCCUGUAGAAAAAAAUGUUUUUCAUUAUAAACGAAAACUCCUUUAGGUAAUGUUAAAAUGUAAGUGGGAUGAGAUAUAAAUCCUUAAUUUUAAACAGGUCCACUUAUUUUUUGAACAAAUUUUUACAGAAGAGCUUUAAAAAAAUAUAUUUAAGUUCUAAAAGUAGGAUUACAAAAGAUAGUGGCACUUUGGGUACUCUGUCAAUCAUUUUAAUAUUAUAAUAUAACUUUAUUAGACUGGAUUUGAUAGAAUAGGAAAUAUGAGAGAGUUUACUUUAUUCGUUAUGUAGAAUUCAAAUCAAUUUACAUUAUAAAUUACUGACUGUGAGUCAUUAAAAUAACAACAAAUCAUUACUUGAGGUCAGUUUUACCAUAGACAAAAAGAAUUAAAUAUAGACCGUCAGCUGUGCUACGGUUACCAUAGGUUCUGGCGCACACGCUACGUAGCUACACGGCACUCUCAGCGGUGUGCUGUAGAACCUUUGGUAACCAUGGUAACUGAGCACGGCUGACAGUCUAUAAUUAAUUAUUUUUGUCUAUGGUUUUACUUGUAACGCCACUUACUUCACUAAUAAAGCAAAAAGUUUUGAAACAUAUCAGUGUAACCACUGGACCAGUAUUAAAUCCGUAGUAUUUUAUAUACAUUUUUUACCAAUUUUAUAUUGAACAUCAGUAUUUUAAAGAAACAUUGUCAAUUUAUAGCCUACUAUCACAACUGUCAAGCGUCAGAAGUAUUAAAUUUUUUUUGUUAUUCUGUUUUUUUUAUUGUUUAUAUUCACAUUUAAACAUUUUUCUGAUUAGUUUAUACCCAGUUUAUAUCAGUAUCAAUAUGGAAGAAGAAUAUUUAUACUUUUUUAAAUAUAAUUGUGAACUGUAUACAACUUAUACGAAUAAUAGAAUAGUAGUUCACGCAACAAUUGCGUAAAAAUGGUGUUAACGACACAAGUAGAAAAUUUAAGGUACGAGCCUUAAAAACUUCUACAAGUGUCGUUAACACUAUUUAUGCGAGUUGCGUACACUACUUUACCUACGACAGUGUUUUAAUUGCUAAAAUCACUACUCAUAACUUCUAAGAGAGGUUAUGUUUUCGUUUAUAACCUCUCAUUGCCACUGACAGUGAUGCAACGAAACAUUGUACCAAACUCUAAUUGUACCAGUCAACAAUUAAAUUGGCCUGAAGAGCUGAUUGAUUAUUUGAAGUUUGAAUCAUUACAAUUUUACUUCACUCUCAAUCCUUGAAUCUCAUUGGUCCGUUACCCGUGUUGUUAUGAGUAAAACUAUGUUGUUAUGAAAGUAAACAAUGCUGUUAUUAGAAAACUUUUCAAUUCUAAGAACUGAACUGAAACGGCUACUUAAAAAAACGGUCGUAGGUAAAAUAUUCUUUAAGCAUGUAUUUCAAUAUUAGUAUAAGACUGAAUGGUUUAUGGUUUUUGUGGAAGACCAAGAGUUUAUGUGCAUGAUUAAAAUAUGAUUUUAUUACUCACACAUUAAAUUAUUGAAUGAAAUGCUGCCAAAAACGAUUAAACAUCGGUUUGACUGAUUGUUGCCUUACGGCUGAUAUCAGCCUGAUCAUUCCGAGUGUUCAUUUACUGGUUCUAUACUAACAUAGCGUAUUGUAAUAGUAUGUAGCAUUGUAUAGCUGUAUACUUUAUUUGAUAUGGUGCUGUAUGCAAGUCCAAUGCAAAUGUAUAGAAAUUUGUGUAAAUUUGCUACUCCCCUGAGCUUUAAGGCAAGAUAUUUAGAUUGUGUCGGUUUGAUUUUGCUUUAACUUUUAUAUAAUUAAGUUGGACAUAUUCGAUCUGUGAAAAUGUUUAUUGCAAAUUGAGCUGUUGUUAGAGGAUCGAGAAGUAGUUUUUUAAAUUUUAUUAUAAUCAUGUUAACUUAAAGUAAACAUUGAUUUUAUGUUAAACCAUUUUAUAUAUAGGCUACCUAUAAGAAAAUUAUUGAUCAUUAUCCAUAGUGUUUUUCUAACCUUUUUUGAAGUAACCUUAAAGCUCAUAAAAUUAAUACCUUUUAUAUGUAUUUGUUAGAGGUUUAAGCUACACAAGCAAUGCAAUUCUGAUUGUAAAUUAUAUACGUAUAUAAAUGGACUCUAAUAAUACUAUGGUGAUGUAUCUGUUGUUUUUAGAUAAUUGAAUUUAUGUACAUCGAUUGUUGUGUCAUUAAACUUAUUAUUUCUUAUUGUUGA